CAUCCUCGAGAUGUGUGUUGACUUUGGAUUCAAUGGAAUUCCACGUGUGAUUCAUACACUAGUCAACUUAGCAAGGUUAUGUGCUCCAUAAUGACUAGCUUCCUUCAAUCCAUUGCUAGCAUCGUAGUUGGUUCCCUUGACGAAACGACCAAACUCCAUGUUUGGAGAAUUUCGCUUGUAAUGCAGAUGCUUUGUUGUGCCCUCAACGCUGUGCUGCAUUAAUUCGAGCCCAUUGUGAAGCAUCGCAAUUCGGGAGGCUGUGCACCCUCUCCCAUUCGGACAAUCGGUUUUAUGAUGUCAUACAAGAAUAAUUGUGUACAUUACAACCCCAUCAAUGUUGUGCUUUACUUCAUUUAAACAAAGAGCACACCCAACAAGGUGGUGAACAUCAAAGUCGUGAAGGAGGAAUUAUAAACGCACGGCCGUAGAACAAUAGUGACUCGCCUAGUUGCUCACCAGGCUUUUGCUUACAUAGACGAUAAGGGGUCUUAAAUAGAUUUAAGCGCUCAUUAAGUCAGCUACUAAUAUUUUAAAUGAGUUUCGCACAAAGUUACAUCACAAUUUUUUUUUUCCUCAAAGUUAACCAAAAAAGCUCUCCAACAUGUAUUAAAAGAGCUAAUCAAAAAGUCUUACAUAUUAAACGGUUAGCCGUUUAGCACUUCGCUUCUAAUUUAAUGCACGUUUCAAUGGUUUAAUGUAUUGAAAUAGUGCUUUGCUUCCCUUCGAAAAAACCGAUUCUAGCUCACGCAGCCAAAAACGUGAUUAGUCUGGUUAAACAAUAAUUCAUUUCUAUCCGAAUUUGCCACACAGUCCAUGAUGCCUUUACCUUAUGCCUGAAAUAGAGCUUGUAUCAUCGUGCACCGCAAUGAAAGGAAGAACCUUCACCGGCAACCGGGUAUGGGCAAAAUUACCUCUCUCUACUACCGGGAGCGGAUGAAACAAGUGACGAAAGACGAAAGUCUUGUUUGAGGAACGGAAGGAAAGAAACUUGAACCGCCCGUAAACUGAUAACAUACCUUAGGGUGUAAUAAAUAAAUCGAAUAAACCGCACGGUCCACGAGCUCAGUUGUUUGCCGUGGGUGGACCUGUGUCCACUAGCGUUUCUUCGCCAGUCAGCAAGAGAUCCGCUUUUUCCUCCGUCCACAGUGGAGUGUUGUCGGUUGUUUAUGUAGUGAUGAAUUGAUUCAAUUUUGUGUGUUCCAACAAAGUGCCGUUUUUGUUCGUGGAGGGGUGUUCUACAUAUCCCUAGAAGAUUUUUCACUUCCCAAAAUAUAGUGAAAAAUAAAAACGAAUAAGAGAUGAAUCGUCAGUGUAGGGCUGCGAGUGUUACGACAGUUCCAGCGAGCUAUAGGCUUGGCCCAUGUGAACUACCACUGCCGGACCAGUGGCUUGUGCAUACACAAUUGUCGCAGUCAACGCAAUCGUCUCAAGCAUCGUUCUACUCCACAUCGCAAACCGGUGGCCAAAGUUUGGGUGGACUGGGUGGACUGUCAGCCUCAACACUGCCGAUACAACAACAUUCCUCCAGUGCCCAGCAGCCAUCGACACAGUUGCAGAACCAAAUCAACGUGCCGCAAACAGCAGCCGCGACAGCUACACCGGGAGCAGCUCCAGCAUCACAACUGCAGAGUCAGUCAAAAAUAAUGAAUGUCGUCGUACCAUCCGUGGCCUGUCCGCCUACUGCAUCGAAAAAGAUUCGCCGCAAACCAGACGCGAAGCAGCCACAGUCACAGAUCAACAAGUGCAACAACGAGAAACGUCGCCGAGAGCUAGAAAAUGAGUACAUUGAACAACUUGGCGAGUUUCUGCAGAUUAAGCGGGAUAUGACCGCUUGCAAACCAGACAAAGCGGCGAUACUAAGUGAAGUUGUACGAACGUUUCGUUCUAUGCUAGAGCAAGGAAACCCGAAUCUAACUGGUUCGCGGUGUUCCAAAUGCUCGCCGGAUUGUUCUGCUUCCUGCAAACUGCACCCGGUGCAACAGGGAGAAGUGUCAUCCACUGAACCGCCACUACCGGAACCGUCGGUAAACGGCCACUCGCCGGAAAAGUCAGCCUACUUCGAGGCAGUGCAACAUUACAUCUCGAACGUCGGCUGGGCCCUACUGGAGAUCAACUCGGAGGGUGUGAUCGAAUGUGCCACGGAGAACGUCCGCGACGUACUGCAUUACUCGCGCACGGAGCUCCACGGACAGUCUAUAUAUUCGUACCUGCAUACUGGUGAUCAUUCAAAGCUGAGUCCUAUUUUAAAUAAGAAUUCGUUUGAGCUAAACUGGGAUCAAAAUGAAAUGUUCUAUCAGACGCCAAAGCGUACCAUACGUACUAAAAUUCGUUGGUUACUGAGGGCGCCAGAAGGAGCAAACGAAACGAUCGAGCAGAAGCAGCAGCGCUUGGAAAAGUACAAGGAUCUGCUCAUCAUCUCUGCUCCUGUGAAGGAUGAUACGGAGGAAUCGUCUUCGGUGCUUUGUCUAAUUACACUACCCGAGGACGAACAGGCAACCAUAGAAACUACCACCAUGCCACAAACGCUGGACGAACAGCUAACGUUAAAGCUGGAUACUAGUGGUAACAUUAUAAAUUAUAACUCAUCGACGCUAAGGAAACAGUUUGCAGGAAAUCUUACCAAAGAAACUAUUCGGUCAAUCUACGACAUAUGCCACUAUCAGGAUCGGCCACGAUUGAACGAGCAUCUCAGCAAUGUGCGCUCGUCCAACGGAACCCCCCACGAACUGACCUACCGUUUGCGUCUUGGGGGACCAGAUGUAUACGUGCACGUGAAGACCCAAUCGAAACUGUUCCGUAGCACAAAACCAAACGAAUCAGACUUCAUAAUGGCCAUCUGUACCGUGCUGACGGAAAAUGAAGUCGCCAUGCUCUCGUCAGAUGGCGGUAGCGGUGGAGGAAUGGUGAUGGGAGGAAGUGGCAGCAGUGGUGGCCUUAGUGCGGCAAUGAGCGGCAGCAACAUUAACAAUAACAACGGCAACGGCAGUAGCAGUAAUCCUACCUCAUCCUCAACCAUGGGGCUGCUAAUGCCAAGCACGAGCAGCUCGGUGACAGGAGGCGGCCUAAACGGUGCCAACGACGUCGUAGCUCGUCACAUGGCCCAAAUCACACAGGGAGUUAGUAAUAUGGGUGGACCGCUAAUGUCGAGCGUGCUUAAUGGGAGUAGUACCGGUACCGGUGGCAGCAGUUCAAGCACCUCGAGUAUGCUCGGCGGUGGAGGAUCGACUGUAGGUGGCAUGACCGGAGGAAAUAUGAGUGUGUCCGGUGGCAUGGGUGGUCCUGGAGGAGGCACACCGGGAUCGGGAGGUUCCGGGCUGGGUGCCAGCGGUGGCAUGGUUGCAGGUGGCAAUACCGGCAUGGGUCCGGCCGCCUCGUUAAGCUCGAUUGUAUCACCGCGCAGUAAUCCCAACUCAUCUUCGCUGCUAUGCGCUCCAUCCUCCGACAAUAGUAACUUCUUUAACACGGACUUUGAGCUCGAAUUUCCACAUUCCACGUUCGACAUGGAGUCGGUUGGUGUUGGGUGGGACUCGCGACCCGACUCCCGCACCAGCGUUACUCCGGUCAGCACCCCUCGACCUCCGUCCGUCAGUGCGUACAGUCCAGCGGCCGCACCAAUGUGUGCGUCGCCGAUGACGCCGUACUACUCAGGCAGUACGAUGGGCGGGAUGCCUUCACCUUCAAACAACAAUGGUGCAGCGGGAGGCAGCAGUAGUGGCGGGGGCCUCAUCAAUCCCAGCUUAUCUUUGAACAAUAACAACAACAAUAAUAGUAAUACCAAUAACAACAACACUGGGACACCGUUCGGUACGAACGCGUUUCAGUUUCCGUUCGACGACAGUAAGGAUAAGCUGCAGGAUAUGCAGUCGCAACAACAGCAACACCAUCACCCGCACAUGUCGCCAAUGCAGCAGCAUCCGUCUACGAUGCCAUCGCAACAGAUGGUUCAACGACAGCCGCAGCACCCACAGCAACAUCACCAGCAGCAUCUACAGCAGCAUCUUCAGCAACAACAAACGCAGCCACCAUCGAAUACGCACGAUUCCGAGCGAUUACGGAAUCUGCUUACAACCAAACGACCUCACUCAAAUGCCUCAUCCUCAUCCGGUUUGGAUAUGGACCAUGACCAUCGGAAUCCGAAUCGAAUUUUAAAGGGUUUGCUAAAUUCCGAAGAAGAUAAGGAUAGUAAUGGCAAUAAAAUAAAUACCGCAUCUCUUUCACAACGUAUACCUCAGUCAGUUAGAACCCCAGCGCAGGGUAGUAAUAAUGGUGGUGGUGGUGUGAGUGGGCUGGGAUUAACAACCCGCGCGGGAAAUGAGAAUAAUAAAGCCAGUAGCAAUAAUAUGCUAUUACAGCUGCUCAACGACAAAAGUGACGACGACGAAAGUGACGCCCGCAACCGACAAGGUCCGAGCGAACUUCUUAAGCAGCUGCAAAAGGUUAAAGAUGAGCCGAAGGAGCAUAAUCCGCCGCCAUUGAACAACGAAGAACUUAUCCAGAUGUUACGGGUACAAAGUAAUGAUCGCAAGCGACCUUCGACCGAGCCGGACGAAGGCGCCGCGGUAAAGCGAACGGAUAACAGGCCGUCGAAGUUGCGGGAGCGCAAUAAGAUGCUUGCCUCAUUGCUGGCCAAUCCGGCCAAAGCACCAAUGCCAAUGCAAACCGCAAUGCCGUUCAACCGCAUCAUCCCGGACAUACCAAACUCGGGGCUGGCUCGUCAACUUGCGAACGUGUCGAGUUCAACGGCGCCGAAUCAGACACUGAAUAAUAACAAUCUAACCACUAGCAACAAUAAUUUAAAACAAGUACAACAGCUGAACCAAAUGCGCCUGCAGCAACAGCAGCAGCAGCAAAUGCGCAAAUCAGCUAUGCCUUCUCAAUCGCAGCAACCUCCAACAUCCUCCGAUAUCUACCUCAACCAUCAGCAGCAGCAGCACCAUCAUCAACACCCCCAAACGCACCCACAGCACCUGCAACAGCAGCAACAACAUCAUUCGCAGCAUCCGCAACAACAGCACCACACGCAGCAGCAGGCAUCGAUGAUGCAGCAACAGCAGCAAAUGCUAGCCGCCCAGCGGCAGCAAAAUUUCUCACCCGCAAUCCAGGACUCCGGUAUUGGUUCGGCUGGGAGCGGUACGUUUGCAACAUCGACAUCCGCCACAUCGACGCAACUCGUUUCUGAGUGGGAUCCGGAGCUCAACGACAUACUUAAUCACGUGAUUGAGAUUGCACCGGAGGGCGACUUUGCCGAAAGUGAACUCAACAGUAUCUUAGGCUUAAGUCCAAUCGAAUCGUCUACAUCCUCGGUUGUACCGUCGUCACAGUCGAGCCAACCAGAUAUACACGAAAAGUUGGCAAUAAAUGCAAUUCAAAAAUCGUUAAUGCAGUACGAAAACGUUAGCUCGCCAUUGCAACCACAGCCCCAGCCACAGUUCAGCGGUAGUCCACCUGCCUAUCCAAUGCUUGCAAUGGGUGGCGGAGGGAACAACGGUGCUGUUUCGGGUGGCGGCAGCGGUGGUCCCGGUAUGGGUCCUGGUGGCCCAACCGGCAGUGGACCCGGUGUCGGUUCCGGUAGCGGAGGUCCUGGCGGUACGGGUAGCGGUGGUACGGGUGGUCCAGGUUUGAAUCCUGGUAGCAGUUUGCAACAGCAAUCGUCACAAGCGGGGCCAAACCAGAACUUCACACCUCCUCCAGUGUACACGCAGCGGAUGCGAAUACCACAGGGUCAGCUUGGUAACAACAGUCCCGUGGUACCGCCGAACUUGCUUGCGAUGCAAAAGCUGCAGCAUCAAAACCGAGACCGUAUGUUGCAGGAGCAACAGCGAACGCGAUUGCUACAGCAGCAGCAGAAACAGCAGAUGGUUGUUACGGUGAACCCGACCGCCAACUCAGACCUUGGUCCUCCUAACGUUACACUGACACGUGCGAAUAAUGUGCCGGAUUCGCAGCUUAGUCCCGGAUUUUCCCCAAGCCUGAUGCAGCAACAGCUGAGUCCAAGUCAAAGGACGCAACUUAGUCCGCAACAAGCAGGAUUCCAAGGCAAUCCGUUCAACAACAAUCCAGGCCAUCGUCUAUCUCCUCAGUUACAACAGAUGGUGUCCGGUUUUGGUAAUGCGGGUGGUAAUGUAAAUCAACAACUAUCACCGCGCCAACCACCGUACGGUAGCGGAGUUGGGGGUCAAACGGUCAACCAGCCGAAUGUGGUCGUUCCCGGACAAUCACCGCAGCAGCAGCAGCAGCAGCAGCAGCAACAACAACAGCAGCAACAACAGCAGCAACAACAGUGGCAACAGAACGCAAACGCAAGGCUAUCUAUUCAGCAGCAAAAUCCUAUGCUGAAUGCUCAGCUUUCGUCUGUUGGCGGAUUUAAUCCUGCACCGAAUCGACAGUUUGUCGGCCCACCUCAAAGACAGCGAAGUACGCUGAACAGUCCUGGUACGCCGCGACAGCAAAAUGCGUUCGGUGGCUCAAUGGUGGACGGUGGCGGGUUUCCAGGUCCACCGAGCCCCUCGCCAGUUGGCGUAUCCCCACCAAACUUUGCCAAUCCCGUCUAUGCCAACCAGCAGAUGAGGCUCCAGCGGCAAGGCAGUGUGCCUCCGCAAUCAACUCAACACUUGCCAGCUGUUUUCGCAGGAUCGCCCCGUUCCGCGUACGGUGGACAUGGGCCUGGUCCGGAUGGCACCGGUUAUGGUAUGAUGUUCGGCAAUGCAGCAGCAAUGCAGCAGCACACGGCGACCUCACCAGGCGAUUUCUUCAAUCGCAGUCAAACUGGUCUCAACGGUGGUAUUAUCGGUGGUGGCAAUAGUAUUGGUGGCGGCAGCGUCGGAAACGGACACGGUGGCAAUGGUCUGGGACUUAGCAAUGGUACAAAUUCGAACGGCCAAAGCCUAAACCAUUCGGAACUGGUACGGCAGGAGCUGCGCGCCAUUGUUAGUGGGCGGGCGCAACGUCCACCAACGCACAGCCCGAUGGGACUGUCGCCACUUGGUGGAAUGCCGCUGCAAAGCUGUAGCGAGGGUAACGGUGUUGGUAGUAAUGGUGGUCUCAAUGUCGUCUCCACCGUGGGCAGUAGCAACGGUGGUUGCGCCUCAAUCUCCAACACAUCAUCGGUAAUGCUGAGUGGUAUCGGUGGUGGUAGUAAUCUGGGUGGAGGAAGCACACGAACAUCCUUGUCGGAUGCCGGAACGUCCGGACCGAUGCUUCACAGCGGUAACUCUUCCACUGGCCUAGAUCCAUCGAUGCUGUUCAAUUUUCAUCUCACCCAGAAAGAGUUUUUCGGAGGAAACACGAGCCGGUGACCCGAGAAAUUCAUCCCUUCUUCUGCAAAAACUUCUAUCGGAUUGAAGUAAACCCGACCCGGGGGGGAGAGACUAUGGACAGCAGCACCUCCUUCAUUUGCAACACUAACCCCGGAUCCUGCCGUAACAGCCAGGGGCGAAACUAGCUAUAAGCUAGUAAAUGUGCAAAUGUAAUGCUUUAAACACUGGGAAAAGACAACAGCGGCGAACGAAUGUGGAGUGACGACAAGGUCGUCAUUUUCGUAGCCGCCCACCAACAUCGUGCAUUCGGAGAUUGUGAUUGUGAGGGGCAGCAGCGCAGGCGGUGACCUAACACUGCACACGUGCAUAUUUGAUAGAUUGUUAAAAUGUGUGCACACCCACUAGAGGAAGAAGAGAAAGAAUACAUAAACUUACCUUGCAAGUGUACUGAAAAGGCUCAUCCGAUGCAGCAGUAGCAGGCGGAACUCGGAAAUGCGCUAAUCAACGCGCAUCCACGUUACGCCGCAUUGUGCCGUGGAGAGCGAAAGCAACAAAUGAUACAACCGAUUUGUGAUUUGAUGUUGAAAACAAAAAUAAAAUUAAAAUAUAAACCGAACGAUCGUGUGUGUGUGUGUGUGUGAGUGUAUAAAGCUGAGCAGCAGCGCACGAAACAGGAGAUGCAUGUGAUGUGCAUGUAAAAAAAACAAAAACAUACAAAGUAGAACAAAGAAUGGGAAAGGCGGAUUAUAUGGUAGUGAGAGAGUACGAUGAUGGAAUAGUUACGAGUAAUUGCUAUCGUAUUGUAGAGUAAAAAAACCCAUACUGUACAUAAUAACCCGUGUAUUGUGUUACACAGAAGCGUUAAGUUAAGGAAACAGUCAUGUGAAAAGAUGAAACCCGGUUAAUGUUUUGUAGUGGAACAUGUUGCUACGUUCGCUUCAUGGACAUAUUGGCGUGAAACAAAAUGAAAAAAAGUGAUCAUAAUAACAUUUGUUGAUGAAAGGUAACAACACAACACAAGAGUAUAAACGUGGUAAUAAUAAUGAAUGGAAAUAUAAAUACCUCUAACUUUAGUUCAAAGUAAACAUUACAAAACAAGAAGAAGCUUAAUACGGAAUGUUACACUCUUGGAAGAACACAAUAACACGCCACGCCACAUGUAUAAAACAAAAGUAAGCUAAUGUUGAUCAAGCAAACAACACACUAUCGGCUGUUUUGUGGCUAAAUGGUUUAAACCAACAAAAUAUGCCUCCCAGCAGCGAUAGCAGAUAAUAAUCGAAACCAAAAUAUUGUAGCAAACACAAACGAAACGAUUCAGCGUACGAUUAGGAAGCAACAAAGAGACACCGAUAUCCUCAAGAAGAAAAAAAAAUGAGUUUGAUGAAGGAAAAUGAGUAACGCCGUAAAUGAACCAAACCAUGGAAAAACUUACUCCCACACACACACCCUCUCUCUCUCUCUCUUCAACAAUCCAUAAUUAAUCGGUUUCGAUGGUACGAAGCGGAGCAAUAGUAAUAACCGCAUCAAAACAAAAAGCAAAGGACUGGUAAAGAAAAAUUGCAAAAAGGGCAAACAAAAAUGGUGACCAAAACAGUGGUGCUUUGAAAGGGCAAAACAGCAGCAAAACAAUACAUACAACACUUACCAACACACCACAGACCGGUGAAAGAAGACAAAAGUUCGUGUACUGUGAUAAUUUCUACUAUUUUUUCGAUACCACGAACCUUCUUGGUACCGGUGUUACAUACAUAUACAUAUAGGUAUUGUUUAUUAUUGUUUUUAAACUUUCACACGUUGUCCGCCAUGGUCCGUGUGAAGGGUGUGUAACCCAUUACGUACGGUAACAAAGGCAAACCAUCUUGACUGCUUUGGCAUUUCCCAAAUGUCCGUUUGUUUUGUUUUCUCUUUCCUUUAUUUUGUUAGCAACUGUUUAAAGUUUUGUAAACUCCCCAAAAUGCUGUGCUGUCAUUCUGUUUUGUUUGUUGAAUCGGUAUGAUAAUCGAACACACAUUUAUAUUACUUAAGUGCUAACCAUUUACCGACCAACAGUUGUAACCCUACCCUCUACAGUGUUUGUCAUUAAAUGCAACACUGCUCUUUCCUUGUGCAUAGAUACAGUGUUGUAUCAGGAAGAGAAAACUAACAUCCUUUUCACAUGCUUAUGACAGCGUAAAGUAUUGCAGUUAGGGGAAAGCCUUACAACAGCUUAUUGAAGAUGAAGGUAACAAUGCAACCUAAACACAUCUUAAAACCAUGUACAUAGGUUAGCAUGAGAUUUACAAUGAAAGAGAGAGCAAACUCAGAAUUGUCUUGCAGGUUAUAAUCGUUGCAUGAACACGCAUAUAGUGAUCGUUGUGUAUAUAUGUUUUGAGCUGUAAAGUUGUACAAGUUUUUACUUUUUUUAUGGUUAUUAUCUACAAAAUGGAUUUUUCUUCCUUUAUUGCUCUAUUUUUUGUUCGUUAUAGUUCGGGUUGGAAAUGGCAAAGCUUAACAUAAUAGGAUAAGGCAACUACAUCAACAAACCUCACACAAAAAAAAACACUUCCCCACAAAGUUACACUCAAUGAACUUCUCCGUUUUUCGUUUUAAUCCGUUUCGGUGUCGAUCGGUAGCAUCUUUUUGUUUCGUUUUUAUAUUAUUUUCUGUUAUUUUAUCCUGUGUCAUCCUGGUAUUGAUAAUUUAAGCAAGUUCCGUUACAAUAGUAUCCUUAAUUUCGCAAACACCGGUAAUUUGUUUUAUGUUUAUUUCCUGUUUUACAUUGGUAGCUUCGGUACACUGUACAUAUAUAUAUUAUUUUGAAACACCGGUACGAAUGGCUUUGUUACACAAUUCGAGAAAUCCAAAGUUGUUUUAUUCUGUUGCAUUGGUUAAUUAUCUUCUUCAUUCCUUACUGUUUUCCCCACAACACCUUUCAUUGAUUUUUUUAUGUCUUUUUAAACUGGAACGACACCCGAUACCGAAAAUAAAAGUACACAGAGACCGAUUGAAAGCCAAUCUGGAUCACUACAAUUACGAUUAUUAGCUUCACUACAGCUGUAAUAUUAUUAUUAUUAUUAUUAUUGUCAUAAUUAUUAUUAUUAUUAAUAAUAUUAUUAUUUUCUAUAAAAUACAUUAUUAUAAUUAUUAUUAAUAUUAUUAUUGCUAUUCAAUUAUACGAUUUACACGUUGAGGUUAGUUUUAUUCUUUGUGUUUUAUGAAAUGGAGGAAAGAAUGAGGUAAACAUUGUUUUGUGAAGGUUAAACAAACAAACAAAUGAAAGUUAAAUUUGUACGAAGCAACAAACCAUGGGAUAAAUUAUUACAAGCGAGGAAAUGUUGUGUACGUUAUCGUAAAAAAAUUAAAUAAAUUUGAAGAAACUGAAAAUGAAAAUAAACAACAAAAAACAUCCACACAUACACAAAGGUAUUGGGAAAUUAAUUCGAAUGUCUGCAAAAAGGACUGGAAGUUGGAGAACUAUGAAAAACAGUUUGGAAAUACAGGAAAGAAUAACGAAACCGAAUGGUGGGGAGAAUAUUAUGAUUUGUUAUCAAUUAUUGAAUAAUAAAAACAAAACAAUUUAA